UUUCCCAGACAAGGGCUGUUCAUCUGAAGUCGUCGCUUGAUGGUCCAGCGGGUCCAGGAAGGGCCCCGCCACAGGCUUGUACCGGCCACAAGUCGUCUGUCGUGAUAUUUCUCACGACGUGGAGAGGUCAGGAUCGAUCCUUGCCCUUCCUUCCCCGAUCCAGGAUAAUUGAAAGACGAAUGUGGCAUUCUACAACAGGUAUUGGCGCGAGAGCUCGGGGGAGAAAGCCAGAGCCGUGAGCCGAUUUCCAAUUCAAGCCAUGUGCCCUGGUUGCUCCGACGAGAAGACAAGACAUGCACGCGACGAGGACUGUGGUACCAUUGGGUACUCGGGGACUGUGCUGACAGAGGACACAAAAGUGACGCGAGUGGCCGGCCGCAGAGACGCUUGUCCCGCUCGCCCGGACCCGACCGAGGAAGAGAAGGUCAGCGAGCCCUCGUGGAGGGAGGAGCUCCCUGGUCGGCGGCGCGCCUGCCCCGGACAGAGCUCGUUGGCCGAGGCCCAGGGCCCCCGUGAAUCAAAUGGAGAGGGCGAGGAGCAGGAAAGGGAGGCAGACGACCGGAGCAUCGCAGACGAACGAGCUCGUUCGAGCUAACGAGCUCGUUCUGCUGACCCCCGUCUUCACCUUCGGGGAGGAGAGGACUCCAAGACGCUCCCAGAGCGACGCACGCACGGCGAGCAACGACAAGCAACUGCGAGGGCUGCCCCAGGCACGCACGGCGUGAUACAGGCACCGCCGGCGACGACACGCAAUCACUCCACCAAGACAGCCAAGAGGAGCCGCGAAGCGCACGCGACGACGCAGAUGCGGUUCGCUGCCCAGCCGCAGCAUGCUGCCACGCCCCCUCGAUCAUGGCAUCUCGCCAGGUGUCUGUUCUCGGAUGGGCCUGUGGGGAUCUGCAACGCGUCAAGAGUCUGGCCGACUGUGCAGCCCGUUGUGGGCGCCGAGGCCAUCAAACCACGGCCCGCGACGAAAGCUGUCCAUAGCGAUGGGGUCGAGAGCCGCGGGGACCCACCUCGUAGAAGAACCACGACGUCGGGGGCUUGAGGACGAGAGGCACGCACUGGCGCGCGCAGCAGCAGGACAGCGCCGCGCAGGCGUAGAAGCACAGAGGGAAUUGCGGCUCGACCGCCCAGACGAAAACUUGCCCUUGCCGCGACUCGCCUCGGGCACAAUUCGGCCUCAGAAGCGUCAGCUGGGCGGUAGGAGACGCGUGCUCCUCCUUUAAUCUCGAACCCCUCAGCUCGCCUCCACCCCUCUCCCCCGAUGCCCCCACGUGCCCCAGUCCUCCGCACCACUACAGUUAUGUACAUCCGACAAAAUAGAAUUCUGAGAAUUGAGCAGCAUUGCGCCAGAAAUGUGUAUGGCGCGGCCAAGAAUCAAGAACGCGCAGACCCUCCUACAUCAGCGUCGCCAACAGUUCACGGAGGAAGGCGUCGGGCGCUCGUGCCGCCUGCGGGCAGAAGCCCAGGCCUAUGGCCAGCCGCUCCACGUCCUGGGGCGGGCCUCCCACCUCGGCGAGCCUCUGGGCCGCGCCCUCGCCGUGCACCAACUGCGGGUCGCCCAGCAGGGCCAUGGCCAGGUCUCAGUGUCCUCGGACAGGUAGGGGUUCCCCCUUCGCCUCCGGAGCGCGACGUUGUGCAGCCCUUCGUGGCAGACCAGCGAAGUCAGCGCCUCGAGACCGAGAGCUGUGAUCUACCCAGACCUCCCGGCGGCUCAGGAAAAAUGCGCUGGAGGUUUCGCGCAAGUUUAGCUCUCCAUAGGCCGUCUCUGAGCCCCGGCGCCUUCAAAAGCCGAAACUGCUCCUGGGGACGGGGGGUCCCCGAAAAACCUUGUCGCUGGAAGUCUGGGCAAACAUGCCCCACGGUCACUGGUGCCGGGUGACGCUGGUGUCCUCCAUCCCGGCGCACACACGCCCCCUGACCACCAGAGGCCUACACUGGGGCGCUCGCGUCCACAUCCCGCUGUAUACUUUUGGGCCGACCGCUGGGGCGGCAUUCGGGAAUGUCCCCCUGGUGCGAUACAUUUCUCCUGGGUUGGAUGCGAUGUUGCCUGGCUGACGGAUCGGAACGAUGAAAAGUGAGCGCCGAAAGACUUCCCACAACACACUUAAGAAUGAAUAUCUCGUGAUAGCUAUGAG